AUGACCGAAGAAAAUCUUUUAAUUGAAUUGAAAAAAUAUAUUUCGGGGGGUUCUUUUAAAUUGGAAGGGCCGCAAAGUGCCGAUAAAGUCUACAAAGAUGAGUGUUUCUUGUGUGGACUCUUCAUUUCUUUGUUGGAUUUUGUUGGCGUUUGCGCAAAACAUCUUGACAUUUAUGUGAAGAAGACGUCAUUCCGUUUGUUUUUGAACAUUAAGAAGUCUAAAGUGCCUAAUGAGGAUUCUGAGGAGCCGAAGGAUAAGAUUCAACGCUUAUGCAUAUCUCAAACAGAAGACAAAAUUAGUUCAGACUACAGCCUUUGUUUGCAUCCACAUACUGAUGUUCCAAUCAAAAUUGAAAAUGAUAUUGGAGACAAGCUUCGGGAAAUUGUGGAUAUGGUUAUUGCUCAUAUUAGUGCCGAACUGCAACAACGCUUACAGAGCGGCGUCAGUGAAUGGGAUGGAGAAGAACGGCAGAUUUCAAAGGCAGCCGAAAAGCUUGAACAGAUUCCAUUUGAAGGCAAAAUUUCUUAUGAUGGUUGGAUUUGUGCCAAGCCUGGCUGUGAACUUAAAGAGAAUUUGUGGUUAAAUCUGAGUGAUGGUAUUAUCAUGUGCGGACGAUAUGCUCCUAUGAGUGGCGUUAAAGGGAAUGGACAUGCAAAAACUCAUUACGAAGAAACUGGUUAUCCUUUGGUUGUCAAAUUGGGUACAAUUGCGGAUGGUGAUGGGGAUAUUUACAGUUAUUCUGAAGACGCGCCUGUUCGUGAUCCAUUGUUAGCAAAACAUUUGGCACAUUUUGGACUUUCUAUUGACAAGUUUACCAAGACUGAGAAAACAACACUUGAAUUGGAGUUGGAUGCAAAUCUUAAACAUGAAUUCUCUACUAUUCAAGAAGAGGGAGCGUCUUUAAAAAAUGUUUAUGGCUCUGGUUUUACUGGAUUGAUUAAUUUGGGCUCUUCUUGCUACAUUAAUUCGGUGUUACAAAUGCUUUACAACGUACCUGACUUUUUGAAAGUUUACGGAGAUAAUUCGGAAAAUUUAUUCAACAAAGUUUCACCUUUAAACUCUUAUGAAGACUUCAAUUGUCAAUUAGCAAAAAUUGUCAAAUCAUUACAAUCUGGUGAAUAUUCAAAAGAAGGGCAAAAAGAAAAUGGAAUACGCCCAUUAGUUUUUCGACGUUUAGCAGGACGUGGACAUGUUGAAUUUUCUACAGCAAAACAACAAGAUGCAGAAGAAUAUAUUCGCCAUUUAUUUGACAAAAUUGACAACAAUGUGAAAGGAGAAUUAAAUCCUGUGAAUUCUUUUCGAUUUUACCUUGUGUCCCGUUUUGUGGAUGAAUUGUCUGGAUGUGUUAGAUACUCAAAGAGAGAAGAAACUAUACUUGCUUUACCUGUGCCUUUACAAGAAUGCAGAGACUCUCCAGUCCAAGUUGGUGGUUCUACUCGCAAAUUUGUUCAAUUACAAAGCUGUUUAUCAAAAGCAUUUUCUCAAGAAAAUAUUGAUGAUUAUACUUCUCCAGUUUUAAAAACAAAAGGCAAAGCUAUUCAAGAGCUAAAAAUGGGCAGUUUUCCAGACUUUUUGAUUCUACAAAUUCAGAGAUUCACUUACCUUGACAACUAUCAAAUAAAAAAAUUGGAUGUGGAUGUUGAAAUGGAUGAUUCUAUUGAUUUGACUGCUUUUUAUUCUGAAGGGAAAAUUCAACCAGAUGAACAACCUUUUCCUGAUGUGAAUCCAGAUGUGAACCAAGAGAUUGUUUUACAGUUAAUGGAUAUGGGCUUUACUGAAAAUGCAUCAAUAAAGGCUUCUAUUCAUACAAAAAAUGCAGGACUCGAAAGUGCAGCUAAUUGGAUAUUACAACAUAUGGAUGAUGCGGAUUUAAACGAACCACUUCCUUCUCAAUCAACAGGGGCUCCUACUGAAUCUAAAGGUCUUCCUCCCAAAGAAGUACAUAAUGGUUCAGGGCAAUACAAACUUUGUGCUUUUAUUUCUCAUAUGGGUUCGUCUCCACAUUCUGGUCAUUAUGUUGCUCAUGUUAAACGAGAUGAUGGUUUAUGGUAUAUCUUCAACGAUGAAAAGGUUGCAAUAUCUCAAAAUCCGCCGAAAUCUCUUGGUUAUCUUUACAUGUACAAGCGUGACUGAUCCGUAAUUUAAAAUUUUUUUGUUUUAAUUAUAUUUUUGUUUUAUUUUAAAAAUUAUUUUUAGUUGUUUUGUGGCGGGUGGGAGGGGUAAAACAUUUUAUAGUUUUUAUGAAAUUCAGAAUUAAUUUUUAUGUGAGAAUAUUCCAUGAGCUGUUAGGUUUAGUUUUAAGGAAUUUAUUUAGGAUUUUACUUAACUUGGACCCAAUUAAACUUUUUAGAAGAAGUCUUUUAAUAAAAAUAUUAAAUUUUUUACCUUAUUCUUUAAAUUUCGGAUCUAUAACCCUAAUAAUCUAUUAUCGACGA